GGGGUUGUGAGGUGUUUAAGAUGGCUGCGCCCUGUGGCGUGCAGUUGCUCUAACAGUGGUGCCUGGGGACAGUAUUGACGGGCCGGCCCAGGGACCCCUCCAGGCUGGACAGGACACGGGACGCCGUGAGAGUGACGUCUAAGAGUCCUUCCCCUCUCCCUAGACUGUUUCAGAGACACCCGCCUCCGAACCCUCCAUACCACCAUGUCCAGGGAACAGCUCAGCAUAGGGGACCUGCUUCCUCUGCUGGAGACCUCUGACCUCCGCCAGCUGGAUGAGAUCAAGGGCCUUAUCAAUGAACACCUCAGCACAGAUCGAGGGUCUGUGCUGCUGAACUGCUUGGUGGAUUAUUUCUUGGAGACCAACUCCGCCCAGGCAGUGCACAUCCUGUCCUCAGUGAGGGAGCCACACGAUAAGCACCUUUUUGAUAAAAUGAAUGAAUGCAUGGCUAAAGCCCCCUGUCGCCUGCCCACUCUCACUCUACUGGGGCACGUUGUCCGUAAGCAGCCGUCUUGGAUCCACAAGAUUGCUCGCAAUCCGCUGCUGCUAUCUCUCCUCAAAUGCCUCAAGACAGACACAGAUGUUGUGGUUCUGAUAACUGGAGUCCUGGUGCUCAUCACACUAUUACCCAUGAUUCCCCAAGCUGGCAAGCAGCAUCUCUAUGAAUUUUUUGAUAUCUUUGGCCGUCUGGGUUCUUGGAACCUGAGAAACCCAGGACACGUCCCGGAGGUUUAUCUCAUCCACCUGCACGCAAGUGUCUACUCGCUCUUCCACCGGCUGUAUGGGAUGUAUCCCUGCAAUUUUGUGUCUUACUUGCGCUCCCAUUACAGCAUGAAGGAGAACGUAGACACUUUUGAGGAGGUGGUCAAGCCCAUGCUUGAACAUGUCAGAAUACAUCCCGAAUUAGUUACCGGAACCAAGGACCAUGAACUAGAUCCUAGCCGGUGGAAGAAAUUUGAAAUCCACGAUAUCGUUAUUGAGUGUGCCAAAGUCUCUCUGGACCCAAAGGAGGCGUCCUGCGAAGAGGGCUAUGCCAGCAUGCCUGAGCAUUUCUGUGCUCAUCUACAACAACGUCCGGCUGAUUGCACUGCCAGCCCUUAUAGUGACUUCCACAGUAGCUACGGAAGUUCUUCCUCGACUCAUUUCUCCACCCCUCAUCAGCCUGUCGUCCCUCCCUUGGCCCUGUCCUCUUUCUCAGGGACUCAGCCCCCCUAUCGCAGCCCCACUGGAACCCAUCGGCAGAACUCCAGCUGUGAAUUUAAUGCCACAUAUGGCUUUAAGGAUUCCCUCUGGAGCCCCUCCUCUCAAUGUGGCAUGGCCACGCCCCCUUCCUCCCGUGGGAUGUCACCAAACCCGGAACUGUCCCAGAGUACCUCUCACCUACCAAGCCGCCUCUACAGCACACCUGCAGGUGGAAAAGGCACCCCGUCCUUUAACACCCCUGCGGCCGCCUCACCUCCUCCCAGCCUCCCCGAUGAGUUUCCCUCUGUGUCUCUUCCUCGCAGUACCGCCAGCCCACCAUGCAAGGAUGGUAGACCUUUAGACCACACCAAACCUGUUUUGGUCAGACAGGAGCCGGUCAGACAGGAGCCAGACAGAGAGCUUGAGAAAACUGGACCUGAAAUGAUCAAUCAUAGAGAUGGCAGAGGUGAGAACAUGCCCAUGACCCUGACCGAGUUCUCUGUGUACAUGAAGGAGCAAGAACAGCUGAGGAUGGAGAAAGAGCGGGAGGAUGCUGCCAUCACAGAGGAGCUUUUGAAGUUAACCGAGGAAAAACGGGAUUUAGCUGGCCUUCGUGGCUUUGACUCUCCAUUUUACAGCACCACAGAGACCCUGACCGGAGCGCAAGAGAAACCACUGCCCUCUUCUAUCCUGGGCAGCUCGAUUAGAGACCCUCACAACGCAAUCUCCACGCCCGACAAGACUGAGAUCACGCCUGGGGACAGAGGCAGAGUCAGCAGAGGCCCAUCCCAGGAGCAUCCCUGGUUCUUCCAGCCAGUGUUCAUGCCCAUCGAGCACCCAACGCACAGCCAACUUCAUCGGAGCCCCUCCGCACCGGAGGAUGAGGCCCUUAAAUACGGCUUGUGCUCCCCGAGCCCAUGCAAGCCACCACCCCUGCCAUAUGAGGCUCUGUUUGACCUGGCCCUGCCUCGAGCAGCCUCUCUCUUCGUAGGGAGGAAGACCUCAGAGAUUGUGCAGCGAGAAGCCUUGGAGAGGAUACAGAGAGGUGAUGUGGGCAAACAAGGGGAGGAGGUGGGUGUUGAGGGGGCAGUGUCUGCCUCCCCCUUGGAGGUGCUGGAUCGCCUCGUGCAGCAGGGCGGUGACACCCAUGACAAAGCGUUAAAGAGAUUGCCUCUGCCAAGCAAGUCAGCUGACUGGACACACUUUGGAGGUUCUGCUCCUCUGGACGAGCUGCACACACUGCGCAGUCAGCUGCUGCUGUUACACAACCAGCUCUUGUACGAGCGCUACAAGCGAGAGCAGCACGCCAUACGCAACCGACGCCUGCUUCGGCGCAUCAUCAAUGCCACCGCACUCGAGGAGCAGAAUAACGCCAUGAAGGACCAGCUGAACCUGCAGAGUGUGGAUAUCAUGUCUUUGAGAGAGAGCCUGCAGGUAGAGCAGCAGAGAUACCGGCAACUCUGGGACGACCGAGAGACUGUGGUUACACGCCUGCACAGCCAGAUACGCCAACUACAACAGGCCAGAGAUGACUACUACACCAAAAACCAGGAGUUACAGAGUAAACUACAAGAAUGCCAGAAGCGAAUAGGUGAGAUGGAGGCGGCGCUUCAGAAGGCGAACAACAAGGUGUGCCACACAGGGCACCUGCUGAACCAGCUCACUGCCAAGUUGUCAUCGAGUGAAAGUAUUCAGCAGCAGUUGAGUUUUCUAAAUAAGCAGCUGCUGCUGCUAGGAGAAGCCCAUAAACUGUGUGUUCAGGAGCUGCAUCAGGCCGGACCAGAUACUAGCAAGGAGGUGCAGAUGUUGCAGACAUCCUGGGGCAAAGAGACGGAGCAUCUAAAGCAGAAUCUGUUACUUCAGAGCCAAAAGCUGGAUGCUGCUCAGCAGAGAGUGGCAGAGCUGGAGACUCAACUUGCUAAGAAAGAGCACCUAAUCGCAGAACAAAAGAAGUUUCUAGAAGAUGUCAAGGCUCAGGCCAAAGGGGAACUGCAGGCCUCUGAAAGCAGAUAUCAGGCACAGAGGUGGUUAACUCUGGCUCUGCAGACUGAGCUUCUGCAGCUCUACAGCAGGCUGGAAACAGAAGAGUCCUCUGCCACCGCUUCAGCCUUACCAGCAGAGGGUGCCACUGAACCCCGCAGUUCCACUGAGCCCAGUGUCAUAGUGGUGGAUGGCGCCUUAAAAACAGCCAUCAAAGAAGACAGCAUGUCAGCUCGGUCUCCACUCGGCAAUGGCAACACUUUUUCGCCAGCGCAGCCCAAGGCCAGCUCUUCCUCAGCCAACUCUGUAAACGGCAAUCGAGACACUCCCCCACCUGUCCUAGUGGAACCACCCCCUCACCAUCCUCAUUCCCCACUGGGACCCCCAGGACCUUUGGUCCCUUCUGACACCCCACUCACUGUAGGCUCCUACCCCAGCGCCAAGAGCUUUUUGGGUAUGCGUGCAAGAGAGCUGUUCCGCAACAAAAGCGAGAGCCAGUGCGAUGAGGACGAAGCCCUGCCUCCGCGUCUCACUGGCCUAUCACAGGGCCUGAAAACUGAGCUGUGUGUGGAGCCGACAGCGAAGAGUACAUCCAGCUCCACCGCUGCGCAGAGCGUCAUGCUCAUCACAUCUGCUAAAGAAACCCAACCGGAUGCUCAGAGAGCCAAAAACCGAGACACGUUCGGCUCAAGGCCUAGGCAGCAACCGUUAAGGAUCAUGGACUAUAACGAAAGUCAUCAGGAGCACAGCUAAAGUUAUGGAAAAAUGGUGAAAGAGAGGGAGGUAGAGGAUGGAGAGAUGUGCGAAUUUAGAUUAUUAGAACAUAAGGCAAGACUCUUUCGAUUAUCAGUGUUAUCUGUCCCAUUUCCACAAGCCGACAACAGGAUUUGGAGGUAAUAAAUCAGUAAAACCCAAGAUGGGACAAGUGGAAGGAAUGGACUAAAACAACAUGUAUAGAAGUGGUCACAAAAUGUCUUUUAGUAACCCCACUGCGUUGUUCACCAGAAAUGUCACCGCUACAUCUUUUAUUUGUUAUUUUUUUGCUAAUUUAUCCACUCCCUUUAACCAAGUAACUGUUGCAGCACGUGGAAGCUUUGCAUUUAGGCUGUUAGAAGAAAUAUAAAUUGAUUCAUUUGUAGUAAUGGUACAAUGCUUACACCCUCACAGCUCACCCGCACAGAGCUGAAGUGUGUGCUUGGAUGCCAGGAGGCGGAUGGUCGGUUGGAUGGUUGGCUUGUGCCAAGCAGGAGUCAGUGUUUCUUUAAAGCCUUCAGGUUUUACCUUUCAAACAUGUCAAGUGCAUUUUCAUGUGCGCAAAUCAUGUUUUUCUUUACUACGUUUCUGUGUGUG